AUGAACGUCAAGAAAUAUAUGGUAACUGUUAUUUGCAAAAACAUACGAGAUGAACGCCAAAAAGGAGAUCAAGCACUAUUGAAUGUACUUCAUCCUCAUAUUAAAUAUUUUAGGUCUUUAUUAAGAUUGUAUAGUCAUAAAAAUGUUAGAAGUAGCAAUAAGAAAAAACUAAAUGAACCAGGAACUCAAAACCCACGACUCAAAGAGAGCGCUGAUCCAUACAAUGUCAUGAUCAGCUACUUAAUUAGUUGA